AACCGUCUACAGGCAAAUAUUACAAAUAAUAACUAUACAGACCCUAACAACCUCAUGUUUACAGAUAUCAUAAUCUUGGGAAUGGACAAGCAACCUACCAAUUUUACCGUCGUACUUAGUAGUUCUGCCACCUCCAUUUCAAAUGUUGCCUACAAUGUUUCAUCAAAGGUGGUGAAGAUCAGUGAUCUCAAGGGACUGGUACUCGGUCAAGAAUUCUCCAUUGAAUGGAAACUUCCAGUCAGUGACCUGGAGAAAUUCAACUGCUACCCUGAGGGUGCUGCUGUCUCUGAGGAGAGGUGUAGGCUGCGGGGGUGCCUUUGGGAGUACACAACUGUUCCUGACGUGCCCACCUGUUACUACGACACCAUCCCUAGGUAUGCCGCCAGUAACAUUCAGUACCUGCCUACGGGCAUCACCACAGACCUUGCCCACCUGGGGGCCCCGGAAUCAGCCCGAGCAGCCCCUGCCUCUGGCUCUCUCUCGGCAGCAAUCAGCUUCCUCCAGCUGAGCGUGAUCUACCACACAGAAAACAUGCUGCAGUUCAAGAUCUUUGAUUCCACGAACAAAAGGUACGAGGUCCCAGUGACUCUGAACACCCCUCCCUCUCCAGUUGGCUCCCCUGAGGACCGUCUGUAUGACGUCAGGAUUCAGAACAAUCCUUUUGGGAUCCAGAUUCGACGAAAAAGCUCCAGCACUGUGAUUUGGGAUUCUCAGCUGCCUGGCUUCACCUUCAACGACAUGUUCCUCUCCAUUUCUACUCGCCUCCCCUCUCAGUACAUCUAUGGCUUUGGGGAGACGGAGCACACAGCUUUCAGAAGAAAUAUAAACUGGACCACGUGGGGAAUGUUUGCUCGUGAUGAGCCCCCAGCGUACAAGAAGAAUUCCUAUGGCGUCCACCCCUACUACAUGGCACUGGAGGAGGAUGGCAGUGCCCAUGGUGUGCUCCUGCUAAACAGCAAUGCCAUGGAUGUGUCAUUCCAGCCCACUCCUGCCCUAACAUACCGCACCACAGGAGGGAUUUUGGACUUUUAUAUGGUUUUGGGGCCAACCCCUGAGCUUGUAACUCAACAAUACACUGAGUUGAUUGGUCGGCCAGCAAUGACUCCAUACUGGGCCUUGGGAUUCCAGCUAAGUCGCUACGGAUACCAGAAUGAUACUGAGAUCUCCCAAUUGUAUAAGGCAAUGAUGGCGGCCCAGAUUCCCUAUGAUGUCCAGCAUGUAGACAUCGAUUACAUGGACCGGAAGCUGGACUUCACUCUCAGCCCCAGCUUCCAAAACCUCGGUCUCUUGAUUGAGCAAAUGAAGAAUGGUAGCAUGAGAUUCAUUCUCAUUCUGGACCCAGCCAUUUCUGGCAAUGAGACCCAGUAUCGCCCAUUCACCAGAGGGCAGGAUAACAAUGUGUUCAUCAAAUGGCCCAACAGCAAUGACAUUGUCUGGGGAAAGGUUUGGCCAGAACUGCCCAAUGUGAAUGUGGAUACAUCCCUUGACCAUGAAACUCAGGUUAAGCUGUACAGAGCCUACGUGGCUUUUCCUGACUUCUUACGUAAUAGCACGGCUGCAUGGUGGAAGAUGGAAAUAAAAGAGCUGUAUGCGAAUUCUGAAGAGUCAGAGAAGAGCUUAAAGUUUGACGGAUUGUGGCUUGAUAUGAAUGAGCCAUCAAACUUUGUGGAUGGAUCUGUCAGGGGCUGCAGCGAUGGAAUUCUUAAUGAUCCACCCUAUAUGCCAUAUUUGGAGUCCCGGGACAGGGGCCUGAGCAGCAAGACCCUGUGCAUGGAGAGUGAGCAGGUCCUGCCAGAUGGCUCGCGGGUGCGGCACUACGACGUCCACAGCCUGUACGGAUGGGCCCAGGCCAGACCCACCUACGAAGCUGUGCAGGAGGUGACGGGACAGCGAGGGGUCAUCAUCACCCGCUCCACAUUCCCGUCUUCUGGCCGCUGGGGAGGCCACUGGCUGGGUGACAACAUGGCUGCGUGGGACCAGCUGAGGAAAUCGAUCAUUGGCAUGAUGGAGUUCAGUCUCUUUGGAAUACCAUAUACAGGAGCGGAUAUUUGUGGCUUCUUUGGAAAUGCCGAAUAUGAGAUGUGUGUUCGCUGGAUGCAACUGGGGGCCUUUUACCCUUUUUCCAGAAACCACAACACCAUCGGGACAAGGAGACAAGAUCCUGUGGCCUGGAAUUCCACCUUCGAGAUGUUCUCCAGAAAAGUCCUUCAGACCAGAUACACCCUGCUGCCCUACCUCUACACUUUGAUGCAUAAAGCUCACGUUGAGGGCAGCACUGUCGUCCGACCCCUUCUCCAUGAGUUUACGAAUGACAACAAAACAUGGGAUAUAGACUGUCAGUUCAUGCUGGGUCCUGCCCUCUUAAUCAGCCCCGUGCUGGAAAGUAACACUUUUGAGACCCGUGCUUAUUUUCCCAGGGGCCGUUGGUAUGACUACAGCACGGAAUCUGGCAGUGUGUCGACAGGUGAGUGGAAAAUCCUGGGCGCUCCCCUUGACCACAUCAACCUUCAUAUCAGAGGAGGCUACAUCCUGCCUUGGCAAGAGCCUGCGAUGAACACUCACGCCAGGUAA